AUGACUGUACAAGAAAAUGAUACAAAACCACCAACACAAUGCUCAAUUUCUUCGCCAUUUUAUAGUCAUCAAGUCAAUACUAAAGGGGAUCUUGUCGAACGAGAAUGUGCUAAAGAUGGCUUUCUGUCCAUAAACAGUCCAAAAUCAUCUACUGAAGUACCUGAAGUUGAUCCAAAUUUGAACAAUAGUAAUAAUAAUAAUGGUAAUAAUGUCCAGUGUUUAAGUAUGUCACCGGCAUUAAUAAAUCCAUUGUAUGAGAAGAAGGCGAACAAGAAGACGAAGAAUCCUUCAGUUUCUGCUAUCCGAUCCAGUGAACGAACCAACACAUUUGGUAAGAUAAUCCAGGAGAAUAGCAAUCAACAUGGCUUCCUGAAAACAACAUCAUCAUUGUCUAAAUCGAUCAAAGCUGGUCCAUUGUCAUUAGCACGUGUUUUACCGCCAAAAUUGAACAAAUUAUAUCCGAUAACAACAACCACCACAACGCCAGCAGCAACAACAAGACAGUUGACAACUUCAUCCCCUACAUCAAAAUCAUCUGGAACACUACAGCUGACAUCAACAACUACAGAGGCUUUAACAAAACACAAUCUAGCCUAA